AUGGCCCCCGCGGCCGCCCGGCCCCGCUCCGCCCCGGCCCUGGCCCUGCUGCUGGCACUCGGCGCCCUCGCAUCCGAGUGGCCCCCCCAAAACGCCAGCGAGGCCGAGGGGCGAGGCUGGGAGGGCUCCCUGGAGAGCAGCCCCCCGCGCUGGGACCCGGCGAGCAAAGACCCCCCGGGAGGGUCCAACAACGGCACCGGCCCCGGGGGGGUCCCGACGGGCGGCGAGGCGCAGGCGGGACCCCGGCGUGAGCCCCCCGGAGCGGGCGCGGCCCCGGAGGGGUGCGCGGGGUGCGGCGGGGAUGGGGACGCCAGCGCCGCGCCCCCCCGGGACAACGAGCCGCCCGACGGGCGGGGGGCCGUGACCUGGCCCGGCCGCGGGGCCGCGGGGCCGCUGGGCAGCCCCGACGAGCCGGGCAGCGGCGACCCCCGGCCCACGCCGGCCUCGCCGCCCGGCCCCGCGGGGCUCCCGGCCGCCCCGACGAGCCCCCCCGGCCCGCCGCCGCCCACCGCCGCGGCCGACCCCCGGCGGCUCCCGGAGCUCCGGGCCGCCGCGUCCAGCCCGGCCCCGGCGCAGGGGGCUCGCGGCCCCACCGAGCUGGCCUGGCCGGAGCUGGGGGAGCCCGGCACCGCCUCCCCGGGCCCGGCCGAGCCGCCGCCCGACCGCCCCACCUCCGAGAUCAUCGACGUGGAUUACUACGACCUGUUGGAGGGAGGGGAAGGACUGGGGGGCUUCCCCGGGGGCGGCCGGGGGGCGGCCGGCUCGGCGCGGCGGCGGGAGCCCGAGGCAGCGGCCACGCCGUGGGGCCUCCACGAGCUCUACGACGACUUCACGCCCUUCGACGAGGCCGAUUUCUACCCCACCACCUCCUUCUACGCCGACGGGGACGAGGAGGACGAGCUGGAGGACGAGCUGGAGGAGGAAGAGGAGGAGGACGGGGAGCUGGAGGACGAGAACGGCUACCGGCCGCCCGCCUCGGCUCAGCCCGCGCCGCGGGAGCCGCGACCCACCGGCCGCCGAGCCGGGGCCCCGCCGCAGCCGUCGGGGGUGGCCGGGAGCAGCCCCACGGUGCGGCCGCGGCCCGGCGAGCGCGGGCAGCCCGACAACGGCAGCGAGUGCCGGAGCGGCUACGUGCGGCACAACAGCUCCUGCCGCUCCCUCUGCGACCUCGUGCCCAGCUACUGCCACAACGGCGGCCAGUGCUACCUGGUGGAGAGCCACGGGGCCUUCUGCCGGUGCAACACGCAGGACUACACGUGGCACAAGGGCACGCGCUGCGAGGCCAUUGUCACCGACUUCCAGGUGCUGUGCGUGGCCGUGGGCUCGGCCGCCCUCGUGGUGCUGCUGCUCUUCAUGCUCACCGUCUUCUUCGCCAAGAAGCUCUACCUGCUCAAGACCGAGAACAGCAAACUGCGCAAGACCAAAUACCGCACCCCGUCCGAGCUGCACAACGACAACUUCUCCCUCUCCACCAUCGCCGAGGGCUCCCACCCAAACGAUGACCCCAGCGCUCCCCACAAGCUGCAGGACUCCCUAAAAUCCUGCCUGAAGGACGAGGAGCCUUUUAACAUCCACAACUCGACGUCUCCCAAGCACGACGGUGGCAAAGGGGGGGAGCAGGAGGGCAGCGAUCUCAACUGCCUGCAGAACAACCUGACGUGAGCUGGGGGGGGAAGGAGGAGGAAGAGGAGGAGGAGGAGGGCAGGGGGAAGCCCUCCCUCCCAUCCCCUGCUGUACAAAUGUCCCCGCUCCUCCCUGGCUGCGCUCUCUGUUUAUUUUCCCUGCUCUGUGGCAUGCUUUGGUGUGGUUUGUAUGUACAGAGGAUGAAGCAAGCGGUUGGUUGGGGAUUGCCCCGGAGCCGGAGGCCUGCAGAGGGGCCUUUGUGCGGGGGGUGCUGGGGGUGGUGGGUUUGUGCUCCGUGUCUCUCGCUUGGGUUAGUUCAGCGCUGUGGUUUCUACGCCUUUGCCCUUCCCCAACUGACUUUUUUUGUACUUUCACCCCACUUUUUUUGAAAUACGAGUAAAAACAACAAAAA